AUGCCACCACACGUGUUGGAAGAACUUUCAACACCUGCAGGAAAAUCUGAGGCCAAGACUGCAAUUGUCAAUAAUCCUAUCACAAAAAACUUGCCUACAAUGAACAUACUAAACAAAGGACGUUCAGAUAUCACAUCAAACGUACAAAGAAAACUUUAUCAACAACAUAGAUAA